UUACUCUUAUAAAUUCUUUUCCUUCUCUCUCUGUUCAGAUAUGACUACCAAGUUCCAACUACUCUGGUGCCCUUAUUAUUUCAUGAGCUUCAUCUGAUCGUCUUCUCCAAUUAGCCACUCUCACUCAUGGCUCCUAGCCAGCUCAAUUCCACUGAUUCUUGUGGAAAUGGAGAUGCAAGUUUUUCAUGCUCGCAGACAACUAAUGGAUUCAAUGAUUCACUUUCCCUCUUCCAUUCUGAGAAGGCAGUGCAGGAGCUUCUUCAACAAACUCCUAUUCAGGGAACUGAUGACCAUCUUAUAGAGUUCUCAGAGGCACUCAGAACUGUUGCCAAGGCUUUAAGACGAGCUGCUGAAGGAAAAGCUACUGCUCAAACUGAGGCUGCUGAAUGGAAGCGUAGAUAUGAGCUGGAAAGGCAACGAAAUCAGCAUCUGAGGAGAAAAGAACAUUCACAUGAGGAGUGCAAUGAUGAUUUUGACGAAAAGAGGACAGUGAACUCAACCAACCAACCUUUGCCCAGUAACACAAACAAGCAAUCUGAAAAUUGUUUAACCAAUGGGAUUUGCUCUCAUGAAAUUCUUCAAGAUGGAGAGACUAACCUUGAUUCUGAGAUGUUCCAGAAUAGGAUGAUGAGAAAGGCUUCUUUUAAACUUUCAUGGUGUUGCAAAGGUGAAAUUAGUGACCAGCACAAACAUGAUGUUGUCUCUUUUGAAAGAGGAAACAUAACUACUGCUGAGCGCAGCAGUAAACAGAUUUCCUUGAAGUGGGAGUCUAACCCACAGACGGUGCUUAUCAUGACAAAACCAAAUUCAACUUCUGUUCGAAUUCUGUGUGCAGAUAUGGUCAGAUGGUUGAAAGAGCAUAAAAGGUUAAACAUUUAUGUGGAACCACGUGUGAGGGGUGAACUUCUAACAGAAUCAUCUUAUUUCAACUUUGUGCAAACGUGGGAAGAUGACAAGGAAAUUUCGCUAUUGCACAAUAAAGUUGACCUCGUGAUAACUCUUGGUGGGGAUGGGACUGUUCUUUGGGCAGCAUCAAUGUUCAAAGGAGCUGUUCCUCCCGUUGUUCCUUUCUCCUUGGGUUCCCUUGGCUUUAUGACUCCAUUUUAUAGUGAGCAUUAUAGAGAUUCCCUUGAUUCAAUUCUUAGGGGUCCAAUUAGUAUAACAUUACGACACCGGUUGCAAUGCCAUGUUAUUAGAGAUGCAGCAACGAAUGAGGUUGAAACUGAGGAGCCUAUACUCGUCCUAAAUGAGGUCACCAUUGAUCGUGGAAUAUCAUCUUUCCUCACAAAUUUGGAAUGCUAUUGUGACAACUCCUUUGUCACAUGCGUGCAAGGUGAUGGUUUAAUUUUAUCAACAACAUCUGGUAGCACUGCAUAUUCAUUGGCAGCUGGAGGAUCGAUGGUCCAUCCACAGGUUCCUGGCAUCCUUUUCACACCAAUUUGUCCACAUUCCUUGUCCUUCCGGCCGCUGAUAUUACCUGAACAUGUAACCAUACGUGUGCAAGUUCCUUUCAACAGCAGAAGCUCAGCUUGGGUAUCAUUUGAUGGCAAGGACAGGAAAAAGUUGACACCGGGUGAUGCACUUGUGUGCAGCAUGGCGCCUUGGCCUGUGCCUACAGCGUGCCAAGUUGAUUCUACCAAUGACUUCUUGCACAGCAUCCAUGAAGGCCUACACUGGAAUCUGAGAAAGACCCAAUCUUUUGAUGGCCCUCGCGAUCAAUAAUGUUGUCUCAGACAAAAGAAAGCAAAUCUAGCUGUUGUCUGACAUUUACCAUUUUAGACAUCCUAGGGGAUUGUAGAUCAAAAGACCAACUAAUCAACUAUUAUUACAGAUGAUGAUGAAAUUAGAUGAGAUGACGAAGUGAAUGGUGCAAGACCAAAUUGCCUCUGAAAUAUGUAGAACGUGGCAUAGCUGUUAAAAUGAGUAGAUAUAAGAAAAGCUACUCGUUCAAUGUGUAGGUUAUACGUGGUGCCUCUUUUGGCUCUUUCUAGCAUUAGCAACUAUCAAAAUUUUCACCUUUCAAAUGGCUGGUUUAUGCAGAAGCCAAAUAUUUUUGGGUGAUAGAAAAUAAAAAUUGCAGGGAAAAUGACACGUUUUCGUGGGAGACUGCAUGGCAAUCCAUUGCAUUGACAUUGGUCCUGCAGCUAUGCCAUUAUCGCAUUUGUUUUCAGUUUUCUCCGAAGUGAAAAAUUCCAGGCAAGUUGAUCUGACUUCUUUCUUCUGUAUACGACAUACUGUAUUUAAGAUGAUCAAACUUGGGUUAAAUUCCAGUCAGUUUGCCGUUUGAUUUUUAGUGAAUUGCUUGCCCUGCGUAGGCUCUGAGUGCAUAAAUUAUUUAUUUAAGCCAUUUUUAUUUUCUUUUUCGUUCAUGAGACCUUAAUUUUACAUCAACUCUUCUUCCACUCA